GUCUCUCCGUCAGAGCUCAGCUAGCAUGUGUGGCUGUGCUAACGUUAGCAGAGUAAUGUUGUAGUUUUCUUUUCCUUCUUGGACUCUUGGAUGUGUGGAAAUGUCCGGGUUUGAGGAGCUCCACCGCCACAGAAAGCUGCUGGAUGUGAUUUUAAUCCCUGAGAUAAAGCUGCACAGAGCAGUGCUUCCUGCAGAUGCCCAGCAGCUGUUGGUGAUUAAAGAAGAGAGCCCCCUGGAGGACACUGAGCCCCCACUCAUUAAGGAGGAACAGGAGGGGCUGUGGAUCAGACAUAGGGGAGAGCAGUUUCAAGGACUGGAGGAGGCUGACACCAAGUUCCUCUUCAGUUCUGUCACUGUGAAGAGUGAAGAUGAUGAAGAGAAACCUCAAUCUUCACAGCUUCAUGAGAGACAAAAUGAACAGAUGGAAACAGGAGCUAAUGGAGAGGACUGUGGAGGAGCAGAAGCAGCCAGGAUCUCGGAUCCAGAGACACAUUUACAACCAGAGACUGAGGUCAAGACUGAAGAGAGUUCUGGAGGAGAGACUGAUGACAGUGAUGAUUGGAGGGAGACUGGAGAACAUCAGUCAGGUUCAAGCUCUGCAAAAAUUAUUAAAAAUAAGAGUCUCCAGAGUAAGAAAUCAUACAGCUGUUCUGUGUGUGGUAAAACAUUCAACACAGUAAGCAACUUGACACGACACACAAGAAUUCACAAGGGAGAGAAACCGUUUAGCUGCUCUGUUUGCAUGAAAAGAUUUUUGCUGAAAACAGAUAUGGACGCUCACAUGAGGAUUCACACAGGAGAGGAACCCUUCAGCUGCUCUGAGUGCAGCAAAAGAUUUAGAUGGAAAAACAAUUUGGUCACCCACAUGAGGAUUCACACAGGAGAGAAAUCCUUCAGCUGCUCUGAGUGCAAUAAAAAAUUUUCAAGAAAAGAUUAUCUAACAAUGCAUCUGAGAACCCACUCAGGAGAGAAACCCUUUAGCUGCUCUGUUUGCAAGAAAAGAUUUACACUGAAAACAUAUAUGGACGCUCACAUGAGGAUUCACACAGGAGAGAAACCCUUCAGCUGCUCUGUGUGCAGCAAAAGAUUUAAAUGGAAACAUGAUAUGGUCCCUCACAUGAGGAUUCACACAGGAGAGAAACCCUUCAGUUGCUCUGGUUGCAAUAAAAGUUUCUCUUGCAACGGAAAUCUGAUCAAACACAUGAGGAUUCACUCAGGAGAGAAACCCUUCAGUUGCUCUGAGUGUGGUAAAACAUUUUUAAGAAAAUCUUAUCUAACAAUGCAUAUGAGAACCCACUCAGGAGAGAAACCCUUUAUUUGCUCUGUUUGCAAGAAAAGAUUUACACAAAAAGCAGAUAUGGACAAACACAUGAGGAUUCACACAGGAGAGAAACCCUUCAGCUGCUCUGUUUGCAGCAAAAGAUUUAGAUGGAGAAAGGAUAUGGUCUCUCACAUGAGGAUUCACUCAGGAGGGAAACCCUUGUAAUGAUUAUGUCUGAUAACAACUUAGUAUUAUCAAUAAACCUCGUAGAAGAAUAGGGCGCCACCGCUUUUGUGGAUUGGUUAGUUAAUAACCAAUAAAAUAUUGUAAUUAUAAUUAAUCAAGACCUUAAAUUAAUUAACAAGACUAUUAAUUGUAAAUCAAUCUCAUUUCUGAAGUAAUGAGUUCUGGUAACAGGGAAUUUAUUUCUCAGCUUAAUAAAGAUGAUUUCCUGUACAAUAACUGCAUUUUGAAGAUUUAUCAUAAAAUCACAAAAUAA